UAACUUUAGUAACGUGACGUCGUCAUGUCACAUCCCUCCAUAAGCAAGAAUUUAUAAAAAAUCGUAUUCGUUUCGUUUUUCUUUCAUCAAUGUAGUUGUCUUCUUGUUAAUAUUUUGCCUAAAGUAAACAAUAUCUUAAAUAUAGUCUAUGUGUAGGAUAUUGUGGAAAGCAUAGUAUAAGAUAAUAAUGAGUUCUAAAAAGGGAAAGCGUCAUGGAAACAAGCAUUUUCCCAUCGCUGAAUCUGUGAGCAUAGCACUGAAGAUUCAGCUGGAUAAGUUCAUAAGUGAUGAAAAUGAGACUGAGCUAAAGUUCCCGACAUUCCUGUCGGCCCAGGAGCGCGGAUUCAUCCAUGAGACUGUUGCUAAACUCGGUCUCAAGUCGAAAUCGCGCGGGAAAGGUGUAAACCGCUACAUAACAAUAUACAAAAGGAUUGGCUCAACAAUAAUUCAGAAUGACGCCAAGCUCAUAUUGGAUUCGAACAUGCGGUGCAGUAUUGCGGAGUUAUGCAAUGCAUUCCCGAUCACCAGUAAGGAGAAGGAUGACCUUAGCAGUUGUCCGGAGAAGGAGAGGAGUCCGCAGCUCACACAUAAGAGUAUGGGGCAGCUAAAUAAUGGGGUUGCACAGGUCCCCAACACACAAUACAAUCCAGAUCUCCUGAAGUUCAGAGAGAAAUUACCUGUGUAUGAACAGAGGCAAGACCUGAUUAAUGCAGUUCUUCAUAAUCAGGUGAUCAUAGUGGCAGGUGCUACAGGUUGCGGGAAGACCACUCAGCUGCCUCAGCUGGUGCUGGACUACUGCCAGGAACACAAGCAGCCAGCGCGCAUGUACUGUACGCAGCCCAGGAGGAUAUCUGCCGUGGCUGUCGCAGAAAGAGUAGCAUACGAACGCAUGGAGAAGAUAGGCCAAUCCAUAGGCUACCAGAUCAGAUUGGAGUCUCGCGUCAGUCCGCGUACCGUGCUUACUUAUUGUACUAAUGGAGUGCUGCUCAGAACUCUCAUGGCCGGAGACACGUCGUUAACAGGUGUAACACACAUAUUCGUUGACGAGGUGCACGAACGUGAUAAGUUCAGCGACUUUCUGCUGAUCGCUCUGCGCGACGCUCUGCCGCGCUGCAAGGACCUCAAGCUGGUCCUCAUGUCUGCCACCAUGGACACGCAGAUAUUCUCCAGGUACUUCAACAACUGCCCAGUCAUAACAAUACCGGGCCGAUUACACGAGGUCCAACGGUAUUACCUCGAAGAUAUACUGAAGAUCUCGCAAUACAGGACUCCUAAGAUGGCUCAAGUUGAAAAGGAAUUGAAGUCCAAGCUCAAGAGCGGUCACAGUUAUUGGUCACAUCUUGAAGGUCAAAAACAAGAAGAUGUCGCAAGCAGUAGUAGUAAGGAAGUUAUAAAGGAAGACAAAGAGAACGUUCUCGAACCUUCUCUGCAGGCUGAUAUGGACGAGUUCCUUGACGAAUGCUUUAAUGAAGGCUCACUGGACUCGUUCACCCAGCUACUGUACAUGUACAUGUCGGAGGGUGUGCCGGUGCGGACGCAGCACUCAUCGCGCCCAGGCCUCAUGGCGGCCGCCGCCCGAGGCCUGCCCGAGGCCUGCGCCCAGCUGCUGCACAUCGGCGCGGACCCUUCAGCAAAAGACAAAGACGGUAAAACGGCCUACGAUUACGCCAUAGAGAACAAUCACCCCGACUGCGCCAAAAUACUAUCCACCUUCAAUAUUAACGACGAACCUAAAGAAAAUACUGAGGAUGACAGCGCGGCAGAAAACUUCCUCUUAGACGUAUACCAUCAUACAUUCUCAGAAGAAUUGAUAGACCAUGAUCUAAUGCUAGCCUUGAUAAAACAUAUACAUGUAAACCUACCCAAAGGAAGCAUCUUAGUAUUCCUACCAGGAUAUGACGAUAUAGUGACUCUAAGAGACAUGAUACAAUCCUGCACAGACAUGAAUGUGCUAAAAUACCAGAUAUUUACACUACACAGUAAUAUGCAAACUCUAGACCAGAAGAAAGUCUUCAAUCCUCUACCUAAUGCAAGGAAGAUUAUAAUAUCUACGAAUAUAGCUGAGACUUCGAUAACUAUAGAUGAUGUGGUGUAUGUGGUCGACUCUUGUAAGGUGAAAGAGAAGUAUUACGAGUCGAACGGCGGUGUUUGUACUUUGCAAUGUGUGUGGACGUCUAGAGCUUGUUGCCAGCAACGAGCAGGCAGGGCCGGACGGACAAAACCCGGACAUUGCUUCCACAUGUGUUCUAAACGACGGUUUAAUACUCUCCCUCUUAAUUCCGUCCCGGAGAUACUCAGAGUUCCACUUCAAGAGUUAUGUCUCCAUACAAAGUUAUUGGCUCCAGGCAACACCCCUAUAGCUGAUUUCUUAUCCAAAGCAUUAGAACCUCCUUCGUUCCUAGCUGUGAGAAAUGCAGUGACGUUACUCAAAACUAUCGGAGCAUUGACUCCUAUGGAAGAUUUGACGGAAAUCGGACAACAUUUGCUCGAUCUGACGGUAGAACCAAAGUUAGGCAAAAUGCUGCUUUACGCUUGUGUCAUGAAGUGUCUUGAUCCAAUUUUGACAAUAGUAUGCAGUUUGGCCAAUAAGGAGCCUUUCCAAAUAUCUAUGAACCCUGAGAAUAGAAAACGUGGUAGUAUGGCUAGAAAGGAAUUUGCAGCUGACAGUUAUUCCGACCAUAUGGCGUUGUUAAGAGCCUUCCAAGCCUGGCAGACUGCCCGAGCGAAUGGAACGGAAAGAGCCUUCUGUGCUAAGAACUUAAUAUGCGGCGCUACCAUGGAAAUGAUCGUAGGAUACAGAUCGCAGCUACUUGCUCAAUUAAGAGCUCUAUGUCUGGUCAAAGCCCGAGGUUCGGGAGAUAUAAAGGACGUUAAUCUGAACUCUGAAAAAUGGCAUGUUGUAAAAGCUGUGUUAGUCAGUGGGUUGUACCCUUCAAUAGCUCGUGUGGACAGAGAUUCAGCCUCUCUAAGGACCUCAAAGGAGGUUAAAGUGGCUUUCCAUCCCAGUUCAACCUUACACCAAGGAGGUGGACUGACCGGGUCACAGAAAUCCGUGCAAAAUCUACCCACUGACUGGGUGGUGUUCGAAGAAAUUUCUAGAGCGGGGAGGUUUUGCUUCAUCCGUUGUAAUACGCUAGUGACGCCAUUAACAGUGGCGUUGUUCGGAGGUCCGUUGAGAUUACCUUUGGGUGCUUUAACACAGAGGGCUAAUCCUCCGGGAUUGUCCAGCGAUUCAGAUAGCGAGGCUGAUGAAAACAAUGCUUCACCGGACACCGCAGUUAUUACUUUAGACGAUUGGAUGGCAUUCACAGCUGAUGCGUCAGAUGCCAUCAGCGUUUUCUAUCUCCGACAAAAACUAUGCGCUCUAGUCAUCAGACGCAUGUCAAAUCCAGCAAAACCUAUGACCCCAUUGGACGAGCAGAUAUUAAGCACAGUUGUACAUAUCAUGGGCUCAGAAGAGAAGAACGUAGGAUUGAACCAGCCUAGUGGAAUAGGUCAGAGACCGAAGCCCUUAACAGUGGAUUCACCUAACUGGCGAUCUCGUCUCGAAAAUGAUGACCAAUACCGCCACGAUAAUAAUAAAUAUUACCCGCAAUAUAAUCAAAAUGAGGGAGGUUUCCCUGGAGGGAACUUUUAUAAUAAUGCUUACGGGGGUUAUAGAAACGGUCAAGGCCGGCCCGGAGGUUGGAGGAACGAUGUACCUCAGCCAUUUUCUCCUCAAUCUUACAGUGGUCCAAAAAGCCCUAUGUCGCCGAACGGUAAGACCCUGUUGGCGAAUAUAGAGAAGUAUGGAGAAACUGGAGAAGGCAAUGUGCGCUACUUCGUGGCGAAAGCAGAUGAUCCGCAUAGUGUGGAGGUGGCGCAAAGUACUGGGACGUUCCCCUUCACGCAGAGUACGGCUAAGAAACUGCAGAAGAUUAAACAGGAGGGUACCCGCGUAAUAGUGUUCUUCUCAUGCGCGUCUGCGUUCAAGUUCGUGGGUUGCGCCGCCUUACUGGACAACGCGGGCGCGUUGGACUGGCUGUCUACACAUCACGUGCCUUACCAUAUGGUCCGCAACAUCGGCAACUCUCUAGCAGGCGGGGCCCGGGUGUGCGCAGCCCGGGACGGUGCUGAACUAUGUGCUCCGGCGGCCCGAGCACUACUAGCCGCGCACUCGCGCCGCCGACACCCGCCCCGACCCAUACAGAAACAUGCUCCUGAUAUGUGAAUGUACUAACCUAUAGUUAAUACUACUAGCUGUAAUAACAUCGGCUCGACCAACAUUUACCAACAAUACCUCUUAACAUUAUCCGUCAAACAUCAACAACAAUUUUGUGAGGACGAAAAUCCAAGCAAUUUAGUGGUAGCCUCUUAACGAGAUCGAUCACCAAUCAACGGUCUAACUAAAACGUGAUAAACAUAUGAUCACGAGCAUGGGCGUAGCCACACUGGGGCAAGCUGGGGCACUUGCCCCACCCUGGGCCCUGGCUCUGACCUCUAUAUGGUGUCUGAUUAAACAAUGUUUUUUUUUACUAACUCGAGCGAGGGGGUUUUCGUAUGGACGUAAAUUGAGUGUGUCGUACCUAGUUCCCCAUUCAUGAAAAUGUAUAUUUGGGCGACAUUUUACGUAGUUUUUGGUUUAAGUCCGAUAAAAAUUUCGCGCUCGCUUCGCUCGCGUAUUCAGAAAUUACAUGCCCUUAUUUUUGGCUUUUGUCCUGUGUGUGAUUGUUUAUUUUCUGUACCUGAAAAUAAAGUCUUAAAAAAUAAUUAAAAUUUCGCGCUCGCUUCGCUCGCGUUUUCAGAAACUAUGUUAUUUUUGUAUUUGUCAAGAAACAAGAAGUUAAGUAAGUUUGGGCUAAAUUUUACGUAAUAUUUAGUUUAAGUUCGAUAAAAAUUUCACGCUCGCUUCGCUCGCGUAUUCAGAAACUAUAUGCCCUCAUUUUUGCAUUUGUCAACAAACAGAAGGUUAAGUACGUUUGGGCAAAAUUUUACGUAAUAUUUGGCUAAAGUCCGAUAAAAAUUUCGUGCUCGCUUCGCUCGCGUGUUCAGUAAUUACAUGCCCUUCCCUUUGGCUUUUGUCCUGUGUGUGAUUGUUUAUUUUCUGUACCUGAAAAUAUAAACCUCUCAAAUUAAGAAAUUAACGGCUCAAGGUACAAAAAUUCUGAGGGCCCCCGCCCUCCCCAAGGGGGAUAGGUUGACUGCUGCCCCACCCUGAGCCCAGAGCUGGUUACGCCCAUGAUCACGAGUUAGUUAAUAAUCCUUGCUCCUAGCUCAAACAACAAACACCAAUGUGAACACAUUAACGUUCAUACUCCUAGCUCUUAACUACAUCGGCUGGACCAACAAACACCAACGAUACUUAAAAACAUCCGUCAAACACCAACAUCUUCGUAAGGACGGAAAUGCAAGCAAUUUAGUAGUAGCCUCUUAACAACAUCGGUCACCUACCCACGGCCAAACACAAAGUACCGACAGUACAUUUUAGUUCAUUCGCUGCACUCGACCAUGUGAACAUCACAAUACCUUGUAUAGUUCGCUAUUGACAUUUGUCUAUUUUGUUCGUCAUAUCGUCCACUCUUUGGGAUACAGCGAGAAUACAUGAAACACAUUAACACAAUAAUAUCGAUGAUUAAAGUUAUCAUCUAAUAACAACUACUCCAUAUUUAACUGCUAGUAAUUUAACUUCACAAUAGUCAAACUUUACGAACACUACGUUAUUCGAUUUACAUUUUGCUAGUCUAAAGUCAGCCAUUUCACGCUUUGUGCAUGCGAGAUAGCGUAUAGUAAUUGAUCGAGAGCUGGGGAGUUUGUUGCGCCACUUCUUCUUCCCAGCAAACACACAUAGGAAGUGGUGAAGGGUGGGCGUUUUGGGGACUGUCUUAUGUAAUUUUUUUCUGACGUUCGAAAAGUGCUGUUUUGCAGCCAAGUUUGAAUAAAUAAGUUUUGAUUUUGAUUUUGAUUUUGAGAGCUUAUAACUCUACAAUGUACAUAACAUAAUACAGGACUUUUCAACAACUCCGGCUUUAGUAUUAGGUUUAAACCACCGUCUUAAACAAAGUUAAUGGUCUAAAGCUAGUACUAAGCCGGUACUAAUUACGACCACGUUUUUUAAUAAGGCGUAAAACGUUUGCAUCGUACAUCUAAAGGAAAAUAAGGAUGUGCCUGAUAUCGAUUUAAAGAACCGAUACCGAUAAGUUAUCGACAUAACAACUAAAUGAAUUAUAGUAAUUGUAUGACAUGAAUGACUGUUAAUUUAUUUAGUUAUAGGUACAUGUUUACCCUCUCAUAGGUAAUCUAUUUUAAAUGUUACUGAAUGAAUGUUAAAAUAUCAUGUAAGUCGAAUAA